GCUUCGGCGGCCGCGCGCAGGUCCGGCCGCGGCGUCCCGCGUUCCGGGUUCGGCGCUGCCUCCGGGGCGGUGAGCCGCGCCCCGCCGCGAUCCGUGUCCGCCGCCAGGCUGUGUGCCGCCGAGCGGAGCCCGGGUGCUGUGUCCCAGGGCCGCCAGCGCCGGCCCCCUCCCUCCCCUCCCCCUUGGCCCGCUCUCAGACUCAGAUAAAGCAUUUCCUUCCAUUGUCAUCCUACCCGGCCGGCCAGGCUGCCAGGGCCCUCCCCCUCCCGGCCCCCUCCCUUCCUCUCGCCGCUCACAGUCGCUCUGCAGCCUCCGGCGACCGGGGGGAUGUGAGGCCGGCGCCCCGGCCCCCCGCCCGCCAUGAGCCCCCGGCUCUGAGGGCCCCGGCCCCUGGAUGCACAGCCCCGGCGCGGGCUGCCCUGCCCUCCAGCCAGAUACAGCAGGCUCUCAGCCCCAGCCCAUGGACCUGCGAGUGGGCCAGCGGCCCACAGUGGAGCCUGCACCAGAGCCCGCGCUGCUGACCCUGCAGCACCCCCAGCGCCUGCACCGCCAUCUCUUCCUAGCAGGCUUGCAACAGCGCUCAGCUGAGCCCAUGAGGCUCUCAAUGGACCCACCUAUGCCGGAGCUACAGGGGGGACAGCAGGAGCAAGAACUUCGGCAACUCCUCAAUAAAGACAAGAGCAAGCGAAGUGCCGUAGCCAGCAGUGUGGUCAAGCAGAAGCUGGCUGAAGUGAUCCUGAAGAAACAGCAGGCAGCCCUUGAGAGAACAGUCCACCCCAGCAGCCCCAGUAUCCCCUACAGAACUCUUGAGCCCUUGGACACAGAGGGAGCUGCCCGCUCCGUGCUUAGCAGCUUCCUGCCUCCUGUUCCCAGCCUGCCCGCUGAACCCCCGGAACACUUUCCCCUGCGUAAAACAGUGUCUGAGCCCAACCUGAAGCUGCGCUACAAACCGAAGAAAUCCCUGGAGAGGCGCAAGAAUCCCCUGCUCAGGAAGGAAAGUGCCCCUCCCAGCCUUCGGAGGAGGCCUGCUGAGACUCUUGGAGAUUCCUCCCCCAGUAGUAGCAGCACACCUGCGUCAGGGUGCAGCUCCCCCAAUGACAGCGAGCAUGGCCCCAACCCGGCCCUGGGCUCAGAGGCGCUCUUGGGCCAGCGGCUGCGGCUGCAGGAGACUUCUCUGGCCCCGUUCGCUUUGCCGACAGUGUCCUUGCUGCCCGCAAUCACACUGGGGCUGCCUGCCCCUGCCAGGGCUGAUGGUGACCGCAGGACCCAUUCAACUUUGGGCCCUCGGGGUCCUGUCCUGGGAAACCCCCAUGCUCCCCUCUUCUUGCACCACGGUCUGGAGCCAGAGGCUGCGAGCACCUUGCCCUCUCGCCUGCAGCCCAUUCUCCUGCUGGACCCCUCAGUCUCUCAUGCCCCUCUGUGGACUGUGCCCGGGCUCGGGCCCUUGCCCUUCCACUUUGCCCAGCCCUUACUGACCACCGAGCGGCUCUCUGGGUCAGGCCUCCAUCGGCCCCUUAACCGGACCCGCUCAGAGCCCCUGCCCCCCAGCGCCACUGCCUCCCCUCUGCUGGGCUCCCUGCAGCCCCGCCAGGAUCGGCUCAAACCUCAUGUGCAGCUGAUCAAGCCAGCCAUCUCCCCUCCCCAGAGGCCUGCCAAGCCCAGUGAGAAGCCCCGACUGCGGCAGAUACCCUCGGCUGAGGACCUAGAGACAGAUGGUGGGGGAGUGGGACCUAUGGCGAAUGACGGCCUGGAACACAGGGAGUCGGGCCGUGGACCUCCUGAGAGCAGAGGCCCCAUUUCUCUGCAGCAGCACCAACAGGUGUCACUCUGGGAGCAGCAGCAUCUAGCCGGGCGGCUCUCUCAGGGAAACCCCGGGGACUCUGUGCUGAUACCUCUGGCCCAGGUUGGACACAGGCCCCUGUCCAGAACCCAGUCUUCCCCAGCGGCACCUGUCUCCCUGCUGAGCCCAGAGCCCACCUGUCAGACCCAAAUCCUCAACAGCUCAGAGACACCUGCCACAGGGCUGGUCUAUGACUCGGUGAUGCUGAAACACCAGUGUUCCUGUGGAGACAACAGCAAGCAUCCCGAACACGCCGGCCGCAUCCAGAGCAUCUGGUCCCGGCUGCAGGAACGGGGUCUCCGCAGCCAGUGUGAGUGUCUCCGAGGCCGAAAGGCCUCCCUAGAAGAGCUGCAGUCAGUCCAUUCUGAAAGGCACGUGCUCCUCUACGGCACGAACCCACUCAGCCGCCUCAAACUGGAUAACGGGAAGCUUACAGGACUCCUGGCACAGCGGACGUUUGUGAUGCUGCCCUGUGGCGGGGUUGGGGUGGAUACUGAUACCAUCUGGAACGAGCUGCAUUCCUCCAAUGCAGCCCGCUGGGCUGCAGGCAGCGUCACCGACCUUGCCUUCAAAGUAGCUUCCGGAGAGCUAAAGAACGGCUUUGCUGUGGUGCGACCUCCAGGACACCAUGCAGAUCACUCUACAGCCAUGGGCUUUUGCUUCUUCAACUCCGUGGCCAUCGCCUGCCGACAGCUACAGCAGCACGGCAAAGCCAGCAAGAUCCUCAUUGUCGACUGGGAUGUUCACCAUGGCAAUGGUAUACAGCAGACUUUCUACCAGGACCCCAGCGUGCUCUACAUUUCCCUUCAUCGCCAUGACGACGGCAACUUCUUCCCAGGCAGUGGUGCUGUGGACGAGGUGGGAACUGGCAGUGGUGAGGGCUUCAACGUCAACGUGGCUUGGGCUGGGGGCUUGGAUCCACCCAUGGGGGACCCUGAAUACCUGGCUGCUUUUAGGAUAGUGGUGAUGCCCAUUGCUCAAGAGUUUGCUCCAGACCUGGUCCUGGUGUCCGCCGGGUUUGAUGCUGCGGAGGGCCAUCCAGCCCCGCUGGGUGGUUACCAUGUUUCUGCCAAAUGUUUUGGGUACAUGACACAGCAGCUGAUGACCUUGGCAGGAGGUGCCGUGGUGUUGGCCUUAGAGGGCGGGCAUGACCUCACGGCCAUCUGCGAUGCCUCUGAGGCCUGCGUAGCUGCCCUUCUGGGUAACAAGGUGGAUCCCCUUUCAGAAGAAAGCUGGAAACAGAAACCCAACCUCAGUGCCAUCCGCUCUCUGGAAGCUGUGGUCAGAGUGCACAGGAAAUACUGGGGCUGCAUGCAGCGCUUGGCUUCCUGUCCAGACUCCUGGUUACCCAGAGCGCUGGGAGCUGAUGCAGAAGUGGAAGCCACGACCGCACUGGCAUCCCUUUCUGUAGGCAUCCUGGCUGAAGACAGGCCCUCGGAGCAGCUGGUGGAAGAGGAAGAACCCAUGAAUCUCUAGGGUUUCAGAACAGAUCACUCUUGAGACGUGGCUCUCUUCACCUCUGUUGUCAGCCCUGAUCCUGGGUCUUCAGAGAUCCUCUGGGCAGGUAGUCAGGUCCAGAGCACAGCAUACCCUGACAGCUAUCCCAAGGAACUUGAGAAGACCAUGGGGUCUGGGAUGGGGACCAGAGAGGACUCUGGGAAGAGGCAGGCUGGGCACUCGGGCCCAACUGGGCUCUUCCAGAACAGAUUAGGCCUUCUGGUGUCCAGGCCCCUAGCUGUGGUCUCCAUCCCUCAGGACUGCACAGAGGGGGACUGGCUCAAGUGGGCCCAUCCAUAACCACUAUUCCUAACGCGGCCUCAGCCAGGGUGGCCUUUCCCGGGUUCUGAUGGGCUGGGAGUGGGAGGAGACAAGGGUCCCCUAUUCCUGAGUGCAGGAGUUCUGCUUCCUCAGAUGCCUUUCUGGCAGCGCUGGGCCCUGAGAGCUGUUCUGAGCUGCUCUCUCCCUGUGAGUAGUCAGUCCUGCCAGAGGCCACCCUGUGUGGACCAUCUCAGUGCCCCGGUGCAGCAGACGGGUGCUCUCUGAGCGCUGUGUCUCCUAACCCAAUGGUGCCAAUUCUUCAUCUCCUUUCAAAAGCACAACACAAUCCCAGGGAUGCCUGGUCACUGCCCCCAGUAUGAGCCUUCUGUUUCUGGGGUCCCCCCGCCCCUCAGCUCUGGUUGCUGUCCCACAUAGGAUGAGCUUGGCUGAGGGGAACAAGGUGGGAGAAUAGACAGAUAUGGGGGAAGGGAGGCCACCCCAGAAGUCUUCGCAGCUUUUGAGGUCUAGGCCUGGGACCAAGAAAGAGUAUUUGUGUGUAUGUGUGUGCCCGAGUGCGUGCAAGAGUGUGUGGGUGUGGGUGUGGGUGUAGGUGUAUGUGUGUGUCUUUCCUCAACCCCACCAUACCUUGUGUAUGUGUGCAUGUUUU